CCGCAGACUGGUCACACAGCGACAGAGCUUCGCGUGCGCCGCGUUUGUACAUUGUUUUCCCGGCUUUUCCUUCCUAUCCGCAAUGGAUCUGGCGGAGCUGCUGCAGCGGGCCCAGCGCCUGGCAAAUGACACCGAGAUGGAGACAGACCUGCCGCGCGUGGAGCGCACCUUGUCGCAGGUGCUGCAGGCCACCAACGAGUUGCACGCGCGUGUCACCCAAGCCGGCACCAAUGAUCUGCAGGCCCACAUCCUGCUCGGCUCCAAGGGCGUGGAUCUGCCCAAGCUGACCCAGAAGCUGGAGUCUCUCACCGCAAGCAAUUCCCUAGAGCCGCUCGAUCCCAUCGAGGACACCGAUGUCCGGGGCUAUCUCAAGAACGAGCGAGAGAACGCCAUACUGGCCGUCAUCGAUGAGGCCAAUACCAAUAUUACCACCACUGUGGAGCGUCAAAAGUGGCGCAGCGUGUACAGUGAGUGGGGAAAUAUGAAGGAAUCCCUGCUCAAUGCUCUGGUGGGUCCUAGCCAGCAGGAUUUCCCCGAUAUGCAGCGCCAAAAGGUGGCCACCGAGUUGCCCGACGAGCCGACUCCCUUCUCCCGUCUCAGUUACUUUGAGACUUUGUACGCCAAGGAGAUCACCUCCUACAAUGAAUCACACAUCCAGGGCGGUCAUCGCACCAAUUUGGUGGCCACCUUUGCUAAUUUGGCCAAAAGUUUUGAUGAUCCGCUGGUCACCGAAAUGUGGAAUGUGCUUUAUUGCAUGGCCAAUGAAACGCCCAUGUCGCGCAACAUUGAUCCCAUACAGAGCCGCCAGUCGGCUCCCAAGUUCAUACAGAAGGCGCGCACUUACCUGGAGCGACGCUACAAGAUCUACAUGAAUGCUGUCACCGAGAAGAACCUGGUGCUAGCCAAGCGCGGUGGCAUUCCCAGCCUCUACAAUCUGGUCUGCUCCUAUGUUGGUGUUGAGUUCCAGCACAGCCACUCCCUUACCGGCCUGCUGAAUGUUGACAACAAUGGCAAGCCCCUGUGGCCACAUGUCUACUACAGUCUGCGCUGCGGCGAUCAGGCUGCGGCUGUUCAGUUCCUCAAGGAGUCUGGCACCUGCCCGGAGCUCCUCAAGCUGAUGAUGCUGAAGCGUUUGGGGGACACCAGCACCUCGGAGAUAUCGUCAACUGCCAAGUUGGAGGGACAACUGAAACUGGAUUACAACAACAAGCUGCGCAUCUGCAGUGAUCCCUACAAGAAGGCUGUCUAUGCCAUCGUCUUGGCCUGUGAUCCGCACGACGGCCAUGGGGAACUGAUACGCACCAUUGAUGAUUUCCUGUGGAUGCAGCUUUCCAUUUUGCGGGAGCAGGAGAAUCGCGACUAUAACAUCGAGCAGCUGACCUACGGAGGCCUGCAGUCACUCAUACUGGAGAAGUAUGGCGAGAAUUACUUCAAUGCCAGGGAGAAGGGACCGCUAUAUUUCCAGGUCUUGAUCCUUACGGGACAGUUUGAGUCUGCCAUCGAGUUUUUAGCUCGCUCGAACAUCAUGCAUGCCGUUCACAUGGCCAUCGCCCUGAACGAGAUCUGUCUGCUGGGAACACCCAAGUCGGUGAUGCAGCCCCUGCUCAGCGCCGAGCCGGAUGAUCCGGCGCCCAUGAAGCGUCUCAAUCUGGUGCGUCUCGUGGUCAUGUAUGCCAAGGGCUUUGAGAAAACGGACACUGCCCAGGCCCUGCAGUACUAUUAUCUGCUGCGCCACUUCAAGACCGAGGACCGUGGCCCCAAUGCCAUGCUCACCUGCGUCUGCGAUCUGCUCGUGGAGAACUGCGACGACAAUAUGCUGGCGCUGAUAUUCGGAGAUGAGGACGAGGCCAAUUCCAAUCGCUUCACGGGCGGCAUCUUUGCCGAGUUCCAAACCAUGGACUAUGACAUGUACUCGCUGGCUGGGAUGGUGGGCGACGAGCUCUCCGAUCGCAGCAACUACGAGUCGGCCAUCAAGCUCUACUAUAUAGCCGGCCACCUGAACAAGGCCCUGCGUCUGGUGUGCUCCCUACUCUCGCAGGUGGUCCAUCAGCCAUCGCGUCCGGGCAGCAUGCGAGAGCGGCUGACGCAUGUCAUCCAGCGUCUGGAUGCGUCGCUGGUUGAGCGCAAGACGGACGUGCAGUCCCACGUGAUGAUCACAUACACCACACUGGCGCGUCUGAUGGAGUUCUUUGAUCUUGUUCACGCCGGGAAGACACGCUUGGCCUCCGAAAUCCUGACCAACAAUCGCCUUGUGCCGUCCAAUUCCACCGAAGUCGACGAGUGCGUGACGAAUCUAAAGCGCAUGGGUCCGGAGAUUAACAAGGUGCUGCCCGACGUCAUCAUGGAGGCCAUGAAUAUUGUGUAUGCCGAGUAUUUGGAGCAGCGCGGCGGCGGUGGCCCGGAUAGUGGCAACGUCGUCGACGACACGCAGAAUGAGAACCGAGAGGCUGUCCUCCAUCAUCUGCGGGGCAGGGCCAAGGCCCUCACCAAUAUGGCGGCCAGUGUUCCCUACCGCAUGCCAGCUGCCAUCAAUCAGCGUCUUGUCCAACUGGAGAUCCUCAUGCUCUAAGGCUGGCCGGGACCCCUUUUCCCUUUAUAUAUAUGUAAACACACGAAGAAGAGAGAUAAUAUGAAAUUAUCUAGUUAAAUUUUUUGUUCACUUUAUUAUUUAUGAUUUGCUACGUUUUGCUGAAACAGAAAAUGGUUUAAAUUAAAGGAAAUUCCUUGAAAA